AUGUGGUUAAAUGCGCAGUCUCUCCACCUGGUGACGCUUGUUGUCGUCGAACUUGAGACAAUUUCGGUAGGAUGGGAUAUCCAGAGCUGGUGCGGAGAGCAGCAACUCGUACAGACAAUAGCAAUAGGUCCAGAUGAGACACCCGAGAGUUGGGGGCGUUUGGAUCGUGUCACCGGCGAAUCGACAACGAUUCCUGUGGACACGAGCCGCGGGCGGCUCCAAACCCUUGCCAGGAAGCCCGGUUACAUUGCAUGGUGCAAGGAUGAAGCAAGCAAACAACCCUUCGGUCGCUCUCCGUUGUCCGAUGACCCUGCUCUGCAAGAUGUUGGGUGGCAGACAAAGAGGGGAGCGAGACAAAAAAUUGCCCCUAACAAGUUACUUGAUCGGCUUCAUCCGCAACCGCAAGCCAUGGCAGUCGGAUCUGCUAGGGACAAGUUCCCGAACGAUCUCCUUCUAGUCCAGUUCCUCCGCUCCGCUAAGAGAUGCGCCGGGCAAGGGCCUUAUAUCCAUGACCAUUUUGGGUUCGAAAAGAGCUUUGAGGAGCUCAUCGCAGACAUUUUGCGCAUGCGCGACCUUAUGCGACAGCAAUUGCCGGCGUCUGUAUUCAGCGAACGAGGCGUCUUUAAAGACGAGGCUCCGUAUGUCGCUGUGCUGACAAGGAGUGGCUAUGAGUUUAUCGUUGCCUUUUUUGCGACUCGAGUGCUGGGAGGAGCGCCCAUUCCUUUUGGAUCUGGCAUUCUCCCCGAAGAAGCCCGAUACUUCGUCGAUAGCUCCAAAGCGUCAUGUAUUCUCGCCGGAAAAGAUUGUUACGAGAAAGCCGAGCGAAUUGCCUCCCUCUCCAGCGGCCCGACCGAUUUCAAGACUAUACCCAUACCUAUCGUAUGCGACUCUGAGCCUGUAAAAGAGAUUGAGGUUACAAUCGAUGAGACGCUCAACAUGGAUCCUCGAGGCCCUGGCCUGGUGAUUUUCACAUCUGGAACCACUGGGCCUCCAAAGGGCGCCGUUCUGCCUCGAAUCUGCAUUGUCUUCCAGCCGGAUGCCCCCGCAAACUGCCAGACUAUUUGCUUCCGCCCUCCUCACUGGCUUGGUGGCGCCAUCAGCUUGGUCGAGCCGAUGCUCACGGGCAAGCAGGUCCACAUACUUCGAGAGCGAGCUGGCGUAGAGAAUAUCUGGAAAGUCUUUCGCAAUAAUCAGAUCACAGGAACAGGGUUUACGCCUGGCGUCCUGCGCGAGAUGAAGGAGUGGCUAGAGGCUCAGAGUGAGGAUGAGCAGGAAGAGUAUCUCAAAGCAUUCAAGAGGAUUGGUAUAAUUCAUUGCGCUGGCGCCAUGGUCUCACCAUCAGUUCUGAAAUUCUGGAAGAGCACAACGGGAUUGGUAUUCAACAAUGUUUACGGAUCAACAGAGGUUGGAGGCCUUGCAACAUUCAAGUGUCUCGACGGCACAGAACGAUCGGAUGCAAUCGGUGUUGCGUUCCCAGGUAUAAAAGUCAAGCUGACUGAUGGUGAUCACGGAGAGAUCUGCGUCAAGAGCCCGUUCAUGCUAACGCACUAUAUUGGUGACGAGGAAAAAACAAAAGCUGCAUUUGACGCCGAGGGGUAUUUCAAGACGGGAGACUUCGCUGAAUUAAAAGAUGGCGAAUACAUUUUCUCAGGCCGCGCUAACACCGACUACAUCUUGUUCCGCCACUAUCGCAUUCCCAGCGUCCAGGUGGAGGUCGCACUUACAGCUCUUCCUUAUGUGACCGAAGCCUGCGUCCUGGGCGUACCAGAUCACGAAGCAAAACAAAUAUGCGCCGCCGUCGUGCGCCUUACUCGCGAACAAGAGCAAUUGCAGAGCAGACAUGGCGAGCGAAUAAUCGACCUCGCUCGCCUCCGAGCCGAUAUGAACGAAACGUUGCCGAAAUAUAUGCUUCCCGUGCUGGUCAAGAUUCUUGGCCCCGGCGAAGAGAUGCCACAGACGGUGUCACAUAAGCCUAUCAAAAAACAAAUCAUUAAAAAGUGCUUUGGAGUGGAAAAGUCGUGGUCUGCCGAGAACUCCAUCCCUGGGGUGGAAUAUUGGGGAAGCAUGCCUGCGCCAGAAGAGGCGGACACGAAGCUGUGGGAUUGGCUUGGCUUACAGCGAGCUGAUUUCAAGGCUGAGGCGUAAAAAGACUCAAAGAAAAACAAAAUGAAAAACAAAAUGAAAAACCAAAGGAAAAACCAAAGCGAAAACAAGAACGAAAGCAAAAACAAAACAAUAAACAAUAAACAUAUCGCAUGGUCCAGCCAUGGAUGCGGAGCUCGAAAUGGGCGUGAUAUGUUGCAGUUUCAAUAACUUGGGCGUUGGUACAUGUAUAUGUCCGAGAGUAUAUGUUCGAUAGCGCACUUGGUGGUUUACUACAAUUGUAUCGGUUAGCUUCAAACUCCGAUAGGUACAUGUAUGUUUCGGAUGAUGAUACGAUGACAUGAUGAAAUAGAGUCUUACCUGGAUAAGAACGAGG